AUGUUGGUACUACGAGCCAUUGUGCCAGAAUCACCAGAUACGAAGAGUGAGAGUGGUGACAUCAACAGGAUUGCCAUACUUGUUGCAUACUACAGCUUAUUCUUGAAUUACGUGACAGUGGAUUCCGUCCGUUCUCUGAAUACUUGGCAAUGUCGUAUAUCAAACCACCUGUUCACCAACAUAAAAAAGGAUGGACAACAGCAGUUUAUGGGCCUGCUGGAGAGUGAGCGCUCCGUAUUUGCCUCACGGCUUUCUAGGCACAUUGUUUCUGCCGGAGCAGAUGGUAGAGUGAAAGUGUUGAAUGAUGUAGAUGAUGCAAGUCCUAUGGAACAUGUGAUUGGAGAAAAGGUCAAUAGUCUUGUUUGCAGAGGUGAUACGGUUAUAUUGGCCACCGAAGGGACGUACGUCCAUGUAAUCCAAGUGGAGGAUGGCCUUCCUGAAGGUGUGGCGACUCGAUUCACGUCCGAAGUUAAUCAUGCGGUGCUUAAUAAAGACGGUAGCCGGUUAGCUGUCUGUAGCAGUGAUUUUCUGAUCAAGGUGGUAAACUUCUCUUCUUCGGACGAACGCGAGUUCAUUCUGAAGGGCCACACGGGCGGUGUCCUUAGUGUCGCCUUUGAUCCGUUAGACAUCCUUCUUGCAUCAGCAUCCUGUGAUGGCACUGUUCGAAUUUGGAAGGUGGAUGACAAGCGCGAAAUCAAAUCGCUGCGUUGUCUUUCUCCAUCGAAUGACCCUGCAUUUGCUUUGAGCUUAUGCAGGUUGUGUUGGGAACAUUCGACUGGGAAGUUUCUAGCCGUACCAGUUGAUAAGCAGAUAUGUCUCUAUGAACGGGAUACCUGGGAGAUUUUGUCUUAUCUCUCUUGUCCCGCGGUCGCUGGAGCUGUGCUUGUGUGUGCUUCGUCCUUUGAUGGGAGCUUACUGGCUGGUGGGACUGAAGAUGGAUGGACUGUGGUAUGGCGAAUCCAGGAUCGGCAUGCAUUAUUUCGUUAUGAAAGCUCAGUCUCACUUUCACAUGUUUCAUUAACUUCACGAGGCUCAAAGCCUCCAGUUUUGUCGUUGAUUUUCACUUAUGCGGGGUUCCUGUCUGAUUUCAUCCCACUCUACCCUGCCAGUUUGCGUGACCCUUCUGAAAGUGCCGUUUGUAGUCUCGCUUGGCAUCCGCAGCAGGAGACGUUGAUUUUGUGUGCCAACCGAAAUGGCUCAAUAGGCCUUAUUCGUCUUCCAGAGAGUCGCUCAACUGAUGCUGACGUCCUUUCUCCCACGGCUCUGGAGGCUUUGAUGGGGUGUGAAGAGGAUGGUGAUGCUGACGAAUUAUUGCGGGCGGCUGCCGCUCAGGCAGAGUCGAGCCGCUUGGUAGACGAAACUGAAGCAGCCAAAUUAUUGGAGCUACCUGACUCAGAUGACGAUGGGGAUUCAAUAGAUUUAUCUCGCAUCAAGUCAGGUUAUCUUGGGUUAGACGACGAGGACGACGCAGGUGAGCCUGUAAAGGUUGAACAAAUGGCCCCGUCGCAACCUGCAAAUCAACCGGGGACAGAAGCUGGCUUGAUGUCGACCCUUAUACAAAACCUUGGACAACGUAUUCAACGACCAUUUCAACCAGGCUCCAUGCCUUUGGGUUUCCGUGAACGGUUUAUGGUCUGGAAUCGGUUCGGUUUGGUUGUGCAAUAUCGUGGAGCAAGUGGGGAUGACGAUGAAGACGAGGAUGAUCAAGACACGGACGCUGCACUGGGUGGCUCGAUCGAGGUUGAAUUCCAUGACACGUCGGUGCAUCACAGUCUGCGUCUCUCCAACAGGGUCGGCUACACCAUGGCUGAUCUUAGCCUCACCGCACUAUUGUUGGCGUCUCCGGGAUCGAACGACCGGAAUUUGGCGGAUGACUUUGAUGCAGGUGUACAGUUAGAUCCAGAGGAUCUCAGUCAAAUAGCUGUACUUCCACUGGAGACUGCUGGAGGUGGUGGCGAUACAUCGUCCUCCGAGUGGACGAUUAAACUUCCAGCUGGCGAGGCCUGUGAUGCUGUUUGCCUUGUUCCUCACGAAGAUCCUGAUGAACGAGGUUAUGCCGUAGUGGCUACCUCGAAACGAUUUAUUCGUGUGUUUUCUCAGCCAUCUCCAUCGGCGUCGCUGUUACGACCAUCAGCCGGAUUGCAUCUGUUUCAGCUAACCAAGUUAGGUUUACCGCCCCUGAGUAUUUCGGGCUGUGGUGUGGUUGCAAUGGCAAGCCAUCCCAGUCGGCCGAUUCUGGGUGUAGUUAAUUCAACCGUUGUCGGUGAACUGGCCUGGAGACUGUUUUACUUAGGUGGCACUAUGUUGGGUGCUGAGCGUAGCCCAGCUCCUGCCUGGUUAAACGGCGUACUGUCAACUUGGCAAACACUUCCUCUAAGUCCUGCCCCAUCGAGCAGCCCAUCAUCAUCAUCUGGAUGUUCUUCCGCGCGACUGACGUGGUUCGGAUUUUCUGACCUCGGGGGAUUGUACACACAUGACGCUUCGGGUACCGUGAGGCGCCUUGUUCAUGGUCGGUCGCCCAAUCGCCCGGAAUAUCAUUGGAUUCCUGUGUGUGACACACACUCUGUCCUGAAGCCUAGUAACCGGCACUCUGACACGUAUUUCCUAGUGGGAGUUAUGGAGUCAACAGAAUCAAUUUCAGCACAGACUUUGGAGUCAGAAGCUCCGGCGGAUGCAGGGUUUGGGCAGUUACAAACAAUCUAUUGUAAGGCCUCUAAGUGGCCUCGCGUAUUUCCUCGUCCGAUUGUUUCAAAUUUGUCUUUUCGACUUCCUUUGUGCUCCAUCGGAACGGAUCAAGGCAAUCUUGAGGAAACAUAUCUCCGUUACCUGAUCAGUGAGGAUUGGCCUGUUUGGGGUCCCAACCCGCGAUUAACCAGUUUGAGAACAGCUGAUAUUGACGAACCUGAACUACUACAGACUGUUUCUGCCAAGUGUUUGACCAAGCGCAAAGGUGUCCUCCUGCGUUUGUUCGCCUUGGCAGCCAAACUAGAAUCAGACUGGGCCAGCCUUGCUAUAGCUCGUCUUAUGCCAGAUGCGGCUACCGUUCAGCUGGCUAUUCGGUACGCCGGCCGAUUACGCCGUCAGCAUUUGGCUCAGCGGUUAGCCGGCGUCGCACUGGAAAAGGAACGUGCUGCUAUCCCUGUGGUAGAUUCUCACAGUUCAGACGAGGAGAAAGAAGAACCAUUUUACGAUCCCAGGAUGCGGUUUACCGCCUCAAAGUGCAACAAAUACGUGUCUGAUGCGAAUCCCGUUGAAUCCUACAAUGCGCGGCCCGCUGGUCGAACCGGACGCCGCCAUCCAUCCGGUGCCCACGAUGAGCAAGACUUGUCCAAUGUGUCCUUGGUCAGUUCAGCGACAGAUGAUACUCAAGACGAGGGCCAUCUUAGCGGCUUGCCACUGCCGGACUCCGAGCCUCUAACACAGUCCAUGUUGUCUUCUAAUUCACUAUCCAGCGUUACGGCGCGCAAUCCGUUCCGUGAGACCAAGUCUUCUGGUGGCAAACAAUCCUCCAACGGGUCUAGUGUGUCAGCACCCCGCGGUCGCGGAAGUGAGAUACUAGAUAGUUGGAAACCACACAGCAUCGACAAUUCGAAUUCGGAUACUCAGAGGUCAUCUCAGCCCAAGGCAGCAUCUCGAUCGGGUAAGAAGCGCGCGGGACCAGGGCUGACUAACGAGCAACCACGGAAACGUCAGUCAAAGGUUCCAAAGCCAUUGCAAACUCAAGUGCUUGAGAAAAAAGACGAUGAUGCUCCAACGGAAUUCAUGGAUUGGUUCGAUGAACACAGAGAAGAGCUCGAGGAACAAUAUCCCGAACUUUCAGCGGAGGAACUGUUACGCACAGCUCAACAAGAAUUUCGGAAGAUAAAGGCUAAAUCGCUAACUUCGCGAAUAGACAGUGAGGACUCUCUUGAUGAAAAGGAAAAUGAACCCAUUCCAACGACGUGUAACGAUGCAAAAGUUAUGGCUCCUGGUGCAAAUAAACACUCGUUUUCAACUAAUGCAUCUAAGCGGUUGUCUUCAUUCAAGUUUGACUCGAAUUGAGCAGAGUGAUUCGACCAGAUCAAUCAGGGCCUUCCGGAUUUCUGCAUUUUUGAAACUGUCCGAUACUAUUUUUCUACUAAUGGGGGGGGGGGG